AGUUAUCUUCGUCCAUGGGGUUGUCCAAAGGCGGUGUUCCGUCGAGGGUUCUGUGUUACCAUUCAAUUGGGUUCUUCUCGGAAUCGUCCACCGAGAAACCGAUCCAGUAUCUAAUCUAACAUUCAAUUCUUCCUCGAGCUUGACUCUGACGCUAAGCACAAGUUCUGUUCGAUAUCGGACAAAAACGCUUAGAAUUAAUAUCCUCCCCUCUCCCAUCCUCUUCAGCCAUCUGCUUGACGACCCCUUGUCAUUCGGCUGGCGCUCAUUUUCAAGCAUGGUACCUAUAGGACCGUCCCCCGUGUCACUGGCAGCCUCUUCCUCGAACGCCACGCUAUGGGCAACAGCCUCAAAGGAGUGGGUGAUCCCAGCUAAACCCAAGCCCGGGCGAAAGCCCAAGAAGGAGAGUUCUGCAGGCCCUCCAGCACCGAAGGAUGAUGAAGACUCGGAGUCCGCAGGUAGGCGUGUUCAAAAUAGAGCCGCCCAACGUGCCUUUCGCGAGCGCAAGCAGUCCCAGCUUGCUGAGCUACAAGCUCGCCUUCACUCUUACGAACAGGGAGAGAUAGAACGUAAUGUCGCACUCCAGAACAUUGCGAAGAAAAUGAAGGACGAGAACGAGGAGCUCCGAAAGGAGAAUCAAAUGCUGAAGGAAAAAAUCGCUCGUCUCGAGUGGGAUGCAGAGUCAAAUGAUGGAGACAGAAAGAGGAAUAGGGAGAAUGUUGGGGUCGUGUCACCUAGCAUGUCUCCCGAGCGAUCUCUUCGCAACAGCAACAAGCGAGCGAAGAUGGAUGCCGAGGCGACCGACUCCCCACAGGGCCUUCAUUUUGCCUCUUAUAGCCCUCCAUCCACUUCAAUGGCUUCCUCUCCUGAUGACGGAACCGCCCCCAGCUUCUCCUCGACAGGCCACGAAAGUCGUUCAGGACUUUUUCCCACACCCCCACCAUCACUCACACACAUGCUCAACUACCCUCCGUCAGAGCCUGUCCCAGCACUAGAUCCUCAAGAUCCAGAGGAUUCUUUCCGAUGUGUAUUGUGUACUCCAGAGGUUCCUUGCGUUUGCAGGGAAAUGGCCAUGCAGCAAGCCGCCACUGACACUAAUUUAAGCCACAUGUCACUCAAACCGGAACAUGAUCAUCCUGCCAUCAUGUCACCUAUGGAUCAACCCGCGCCGCUUGGAGCACCUACGUCUUCGCAAAUGAACAUUCUCGAGAACCUCCCGGCAUACCAAGCGCCUGUACCGAUACGUCGAAGAACGCAGGGUCAGACCAUAAACCCAGUCUUCUCUGUGACUCCAAUUUCAGUCCCAUCGUCAUCCGCCAAAUGUUCAGGUGACCCUGCUAAUUGCUUGGCAUGUUCGGACGACGCUUUCGGCAAGGCGUUCUGCCAGGCAAUUGGGCACUCCGUCAAUUCGACAUCACCAUGCAUCGACUGCCCUGUACGAACUAACCAAUCCGACAAGAUUGUCGUUGGUGGUUGCUGUGGUGACAUUACGAAGUGCGGGUCUUGUGGCAUAGCACCUAUGAUUUCGUCCACGAAUCCUCCUCGCGCUGACACGUCGAUACCGACCGACGAUGCUUGGCGUCAGCUCAAGUCGCACCCAAAUGUCGCGUUCGCAGAUCUGUCACUAUUAGCUGAAGUGGUUGCUCGUAGAUCCAAGUGCACAGGCUCACGGGUGGUAUUAUCCCCGGCGCCAGGAUCCAUCACACCUGAACGUAGCGCACCCAUGGCAGGAUACUCUCGUCAGGGUGGAUCCACAGCACCAGAUCAUCAUUCGGUGCUACUGACGGAUCCACAUGAGCGGUACCAUCAAAAGCAAAGAGAGCAGUCCUCGCCACCAAGGCUUGUUCCGCAAGAGGUGUUGAUCGAGUGUGGACGUCGAAGAAUGCGGGAGGUGAAUGCAGAUGGUGUCAGAGAAGCACUCCGACUGCUAGAUGCUAAGUUUGCACAUGCUCGCUAGGGUCUCUUCAUCUCAUAUCUCAUUUUAUGGAUAUUCUGUAUGCAGUAUGUAUUAAUCGCGUUGCGUUAUGAACAUCCCAACU